AUAUAGCGAGAUCAUUUUGAACAUCGACAUGUUGACUCUGAGUACAACAAUGAGAAAGAGUGAGGAAGAGUUGACUCCGGUGCUUGACUCCAGGGCGAUUAGUCAGUCAUUAUAGAGUGCUCAUUGGCUGAAAUCGUACACAAUGGCUGACUCCGGGCUGACUCCGGUCCCGCGAUACUAUGGGCUCUUGUGGCUUGAUUUCCUAACGCUUCUUCGCAUUUUCCAUGGACUGCUUCUAUAUAUUCAUAAUCAAUGUCUGAAAGCCGUUGAGAACCCGGUCUGGGGACUCUUCCUCCAUUACGCCUUGAUGGCUGCACCAUGCUUCGUUUUUCUUAUCCUGUAUCAAAGGGGCUGUCUAUCCCUCCAAUUGAAUCUACAAGCCUUCUUAUCGGGCUCAGAAUUAGCAACUUGCUGGUCAAGAAUUACCAUCCAAUCUGUAUCCUAUUUGUACUGCAUGCUUGGUGCUUGUGUAUGAAUCUGCUAACUACGGGGUAUGUACCGCUAGCUAUAUGUCCGGCCAGCUCCGAUACCGAAGCCAGCCAGCAAACACGAUACACACCCUGAAUCUAAUCAUAAUUUAUUUAGGAGAU